UUUAAGGAAAUUCUUGGCAUCAUGUCGACAGAAUAUGAAGACAUUGUGAAGUUCGUCGUGAACAAUCUUAAAUGUUCGAUUUGUUUUGAGAUUUUCACAAAGCCAGUUACUCUAGUUUGUGGGCACAACUACUGUCACAAGUGCAUCACAGAAUAUUUAAAAAAAGCAAAGAAAGACUGCCCACAUUGCCGACAAGAUGUAAGCAAUAGUAAACUAGAAAUUAAUUUUACUCUGCGUGCCAUUCUGGAACUACAGGAGCUUGGUGGUCACGAGAGAUGGGAGCAGAUUCUGACAGAAAUGGAUCAAGAAGCGCAACACACUGGGAAAACUAAAGUGGAGAGUUUAAUUAAGCAUCUGGAGUGGUUAAAAGUGGAGAUCAAAAAUACAGAAGACAAACUUUCAGCUGAACUAAAUUCAAACCAGGUGUAUGAGGAUAGGAUUGGCAUUUCUAAAAACCUGACUUCUUCGCUAGAAGCUUCCACUUCAUCUCUAUACAGUGCUGCUGCAAGCUGUGAUGACACAAAUUCUAGUCUGGCAUCAGGAGAAAAUCAGCAACUUUCUCAGCCUGAAGAGGGGAGUUCACAGGAGUUGGUAGAGGAUGAUUCAAUGGAUACAGACUCACUGCUUGAGAAUACUCAUCUACCUCCUAGUGCAGAAGCACUGCAGUACAACAGAAACAGUGCUGAGGCUGCUCCUAAUGCAGAGUUUGCCGAGCUUUCCUUCUCUCCCCACCUGGGAAACCGGCAUUUGUCUUUUUUUACAGAGAUCCGUACAAUAAGGACACUGCCAAGCCAGCAAGUUAGAACUUCAAAUGGCCGGUUUGAUGACUGUCAGUGGAUGGCAGACCAGCAAUUUACAAGUGGACAGUUUUACUGGGAUGUGAACAUCACAGGCAGCACUGGAUGGGCUGUUGGUGUAGCACAUCCUAAUCUACAGGGUAACGAGAGGUUGGGAAGGACCUCCUCAUCUUGGUGUUUGGAAAAGAGCAGCGGGCAACUGAGUGCUUGCCACAAUAAUACGAAGACUUGUAUAAAGCACAGUGUCCCUGAAAGGAUCAGAGUUCUGCUGGACAUGACUAAUGGGCAACUAUGCUUUCAGAGUUUGUGUGAGAACCUGCUUGAAUUACACAGUUUCCAGGUGGAUUUUGCUAACCCUCUCAGUCCUGUCUUCUGGCUCUAUGGGUUGUCCAAAAAUUCGUUAUCCCUUCCUAGACCUCGUGUUUAGGAUUAAGUAAAUCCUUAGAGUUUACACUGCUUUAGAUACAACUAUUUGAUUGCACAUCAUACUCUUUCCAUCAUAUCGGUAUCAUGAAUCAAGAUCUUUUUUUCAUUGGCCUGCUUUUCUGGUUAUUUUUUUUAGUGGUUGCUUUCUGACAUUUAAUCAUUAAACUACACAACCAUGUAUGUAAUCUAUUUGCUGAAGAAACAUUUCUUUCACUAGGACGUAACAUAUUCAUAACCUUAAAACCAUUUUAUUUUAAAUAAAUGUCAUAUUGUGGUACUACUAAUAUUGUUGGCUCUUUUAUGAUACAUUUCAAAUGAUGUUUCUCCUCUCUUGUAUUUAGAUGCUUUGUAUAAAAUUGUCUGAUAAAUUAAUCAAUGUAAAUGGACUGUUAUAUACUGGUGUAAUAUACUGGAAACUCUAUGUCUUGAAAUGUUCUGAAUAAUAUUAAUGGUGCACUCAGUAAUUUUCUUUUUGUCAUCUUGGACGUAUACCGAUACCUAGUGGAAUGAAUGAAGUAUCAUUCAAACGUAAUAGAUUUUUAGCUAACAAUGUCAUUGUGGAAAUUAAUUAUUUAAAUUCAACCAUGAUUAACUUAAUCCAUGAGUAAAAGUGUCCAAUAACAGGGUGGUUAGUGAGAUUAAACAAAUAGUAUUCGUCUGGUCAUGUGAUCAUAUCAUGGCAGCCCCCAUUGGGGGACACUUUUUUAUUAUUAUUAACACAUACAAAACACAGUACAUUGGAAUAUAUUAUCAUAAUGCAAUAACUAAUAAUAAUUAUACCACAAAUGUUACAUGUCGGCAUCACUUAUCCAUCAGCUUCAUACAGAUGUCACUUUAUAUAUAUAUAUAUAUAUAUAUAUAAGAAGUCUUACCAGAUUUACUAUUAUUCUUAAAAGAGAUCAAAGAAGAUAGCACCCUCUUUGUGUAGAAUAAAGCAGUUUUGUAAAGUUUCUAAUAUAUAAAACUCUGUUCUGACAGGAACAGUUUUUCCCUCAGGCUAUCUAUCUCAUGGACAGUGUGUGUGUGUGUAUAAUAUUUGGUUUUGUCUUAUUGUGUAUUCUAUAUUUACUUUAUUUUCUAUUAAAAAAUUUUAUUACUAUUUACUAUUUUUAUUUUAUAUAUUCUUUCUUUUAUUUUCUUGUUGCUGUAUUGUAUUGUUGUGCACUGGAAGCUUCUGUCACCAAGACAAAUUCCUUGUAUGUGUAAGCAUUCCUGGCAAUAAAGCUGAUUCUGA